GUUUCCGCUUCCUGGGGUGAAUCUCCGCCACGUGGUGUCACAAACAACGUGCUUUGUGGCGAAUGUUAGUGGUGGGAGUCGUCAACGUGAAGACGUUCAGCGUUGGUUCCCGCUGCCCCAUGUCCCUGGAAAGCCUCUUCACAUCCCCGCCUGCACCCCUCAACAGCGGCAGCGACCCCCCCUCGCUCAGCCCGGCGUCUGUGGCUGGUGGACCGCUCACGGUGAUUAGCGAUGUCGGUCGUUCAAUGGAGGAGGUGGAGGAAGGGGAGGGCACACCCCAGAGACCCCACGUUGACCUCGUCACCGCAAGGAGCGGCACGGGGAAGCGAAAGAGGAUGAAGGUAGCGGCGGCGGCUGCUGUGGUGGUGGUGCAGGCAAAGCAGCAGCGAACGAUACAGCAGCAGCGGCCGGUCAGCAAAGAGAGGGUCGAGUCAAACGUUUCCACGAGCCCACGGACGGACGCGCGCUUGGCCCACCCUUUCGACCUCGUCUCUGCGAGUGGCUUCGGAGUGUUCGAGGUCCCUCUCACUCACAUGGUGGGCGACGUGGCCACGGAAGAGCCACGCCAGCUGGCAGACAGGCACGAGCACGAGGAGGAGAAUAAUGACGAGGGUGGUGUCCAGGAUGAGUUCCUGGGAGGGCUGGGUCGCAACCGGGAGGCGAAAUUCACAGCAGCAGCAGCGAUGCUGACUUGUGCCGUCACACAGGCAGACAAAGGGAUGACGCAGAGCACUGAGCCGGUGUGCACUCUUUCCCAAGGAGCGAAGAGAGAGGGGAAAGUGCGAGGAGAUAUUGGGCGGCUGCUCACUCGUGCCAACAACGGCAUUGACCCGACAGACUGUCAGGAGGUCGUGAUGUUUGCGACGCUGUUGCAGAAAGGCGAGCUGCCAGUGAAUCAGAUGUCGAUUCCAGGCGGGGGGGAGAAGGAGGAGGGAGAGGUGGAGUUGAAUGAGACAGAUUCCUCACCUCUCAAUCUCGGCUCACAGGGAAAAGUGAACGGUGUUAAGGAUCAGCGGAAGGAGGAGGCCCAAGUUUGCGUGCCGCAUUACGCGAGCAGUUUUGGUGUCUUUGAGCUCCCUCUCGCUGUCAUGGUGGGCGACAUCUAUGAAGGAAAAUCCCACAGACUCCUCGAUGGUGGAGGAGAAGGAGGAGGCAAACACGCAGAUGGAAAUAACAGCGACAUCGACAAUGAUAACGAUUAUGAUGGCGGCGGCGGUGGUGGUGAUGACGACUUUAUGAAAGAGAUGUCUCGAUACCAGGCAGCGAAAUCUGCGGCAGCGCAAGAAGUAGCAACAGAGGCGUUGGGAAGGUGUCGAGCGUUUGCUGUCGCGACGGCGCCACGUGGGGCGCUCACGGCGAGAGGAAGGGUCAUGGCUCGCGGGCGCGGUGGGGUCCGUGGCGGCGGGACCUUCGUCCGUCGCGGGGCGGCCGAUCCGCAACACUUCCAUCGGCCCCUGCAAAAUAAUCCCGCCGAGAAGAAGCAGAAAAAAAAGAACAAAAACAAGAAAGCAUUGCCUCCAAAACCGAAACCGAAAUACGCCUGCAAGUUUUACUUGGAAGGACGAUGUACCAAGGGCGACGAGUGUACGUUCAGCCACGAGGGCAUGCCGGCCAACAAGAGGGAGAUCUGCAAGUUCUACCUCAACAGCUUCUGCUCCAAAGGCUCCAGCUGCCUCUACAUGCACAGCGACUUCCCUUGCAAAUUCUACCACACGGGCACGACGUGCUACGCCGGGGACCGCUGCCGCUUCUCGCACGCGGCCCUCACCGAUGAGACCAAGGAGCUCCUGCAGAAGUGUCUGAAUGGACCCAAGGAGACCAAAGAGAAGGAAGAGAAGGAAGAGGUUCCUGACAGCCCAAAAUUCUAUUUCAGCCUUGCGGCUUCGAAGGGCACCGAGGGCACGGCGCUGGCGCACGGUGGGGACGGCACAAUUCCUGGCGUCACCGGGCCACAAGCUUCCCCGGGGUUCACCGCUUUACAGCAACAGCAGCCGUCGUCAUUGCAGAUGCACCGCGACAAGCAGUCGGCGACGGGAAUGCCGGGCGCCUGUGAAAAUCUCCCGUCGCCGGCAGCACUGGCUGUGCUCCAAGAGCAGCCCGUGGUCAUCCCGACCGAGCCGGUGCACAGCUCGGCCACUUGGGACCCCCGCUUGGUGAGAUCCGGCCAGCAUUUCUGCCCGGAUCCGGAUUUGUCCGUGCCAGAUUUCGCUCGAUUCAUGAACUGGGAACCUUUGGGCGGCAACGAGAUGGCGAACGAGGCAGGAUUUUCCGAGUCGAUGGACGCGUUUUCCUCCGCCACUUCGGAUCGGGAGAGGCCCUCCAUCGCAGGGAGUUUAUUGGACCGCAGCGUCUCUUCUUGUGGUCCUUUGGCACAUCACGGGGCCGUCCACAACCUGCCUGUUCAGCCGGUGCUCGGUGUGCUGACGAAGACCAAGUACAGCGGGGUGUUCGGCGAACGUCCCCGCCAGAUUAAAGCACCCGCAUUAAAGCAUCCGCAGCAGCACGGACUGCUGCUGCAAAUAAGUACAGCACAGACUGCUGCUGCUGCUGCUUCUACUUGUACCGUCACCAACGCCACAACCACGGGCACCAUCACCAACGCCACCACAACCACUGCACGGUCACUGGAGGGAGGCUUUGGUGACGGUGGGCGCCAACAAAACCUGGUAGACGUGUUUAAAUCGUUUGACCCGACAUCGUCACCGUUUUGUUAGCAGGAGCCAGAUGUCGCAGCUGCUUUGCGCAAAGUGUAAUGAUGUUGGUUUUUCUUUGCGCUCUCCAAGUGCGUUUUAAUCAAAGUUAAAUAUAUCAUUUAAGUUUAAUGUAUUUGGUGAUUUUGUAAGAUGUACACGAGACGAAUGUGAAAUAAAAAUGAAAUACUUUAAUUUAAAAAAUAGGUUGAUUUGCGUUACAUUCACAUUCCGUACAUUUUCUGUCGAACAAGCUGCAUUGUGUGGUCUUGGUCAGUCACGCCAGCGAUCAAUUUGACUACGCUUAUAACUUUGGGUUAGCUGAUUCGCAUUUUGCAAGUAUUGCACCGUAUGAACAGUUUUGAUUCGGGUAAUGGUUAAUAUCACAAGAUUUUGUCUCACCCACAGCAAGAUACGACAAUCGUGGUUGGCAGACGACGGUUUACCGACUGCGGUCAGAGGUCAAUAGACUGAGCCACGAGCAGUAGACAGAUUACAUGCUGCAGCCAGUGGUAUUUGUGACGAGUUUAUUUUUGUUAUGAAAAGGUAUAAUAUUCAAUCUGUAAUAUGCAUACUUAGGCAUCGACAGAUUCAUUAAAAUCGAUUGUUAAAAUCGCAGUAAUGCAUCAAAUUGUAAAAAAAGUGAUUCUGUAAAAAGUAGGCUAAUGGGCAGAAUAAUAAUACCUGUACAAGUGAAAUGGGUUGGGUGGAGGUAGGGGGGACUAAUUGAAAAUUAAAACCAAAUUAAUGUUUUAUAAACUUAGACAACUGACUUGCUGGGGUGAAGGGGUGAAUUGUCACAUGCCUUAGAAAUAUUUAAGGGUCCCCGCUCUAGGGAAAAAAAAAAACUUAACCCCUGCUCCAUUUGUCCAGAAAGUCGGGUUUUGUCAUUGAGAGCAUGGAGCAUUAAGUUAAUUGUUAAGUUCAUUGUGUGCCCGUCUGCAGGGAGGGGAUACAAUACAAAUAUUAAAAGUUAAGAGUGCAGCAAUGAAGCCAUGGCAGGUUAUCUCAAUUGAUUGAAAUUAAUUGGUUCAUCAAGUUUUUCCAGGACACCCACCUCAUACAUAUCCCCACAUGUACUGAUUUGUACAUGUGUUUUUAUAUUAAUAGCACGAGUGUUAAUUUACAGGAGAAGCGUUUAAGAUUAACCUGUAACUUUGAGUUUUCAAUAUAAUUUAAAAGUGAAAUCUUGUUGCUGAAGAUAUGCUUCCUGCUAUUGGUAUGCGUUGCCAUCGUCUUCAAGUCAACGUCGUUAAGUUAUUGUUUUUUUAUGACAGCCAUGGCAGGACAUCUGCCCUCAGUAUUGACAAUUUGAACAGAGAAUGUGGUUCAUUAAUAAACGUUUUGCACCAAU